GAGCAGUUCCUCAGCAUCCUGCCGGAGGACAUCCAGAGCUGGGUCUGGGUGCGGCACCCGCAGUCCUGCGCGCAGGCCGUGGCGCUGGCCGAGAGCUUCCAGCCGGGACGCUCCUGCGCGCAGGCCGUGGCGCUGGCCGAGAGCUUCCAGCCGGGACGCGCCGAGCACGACGGGCUCUGGGAGCAGCAGGUCACUGUGUGCGUGAAGGUGGAGGAGGUGACCCCGGAGGACACGGAGGACCCUGAAGCAAUGGGGAUACCCCUGAGCCCUCCUGGGGACACUGUGUGGGAGGAGGUGGCCUUGGGCAAGGAGAAGUUGGUGGCCGUGGAGGCGGAGGAGGAGCGGCACCGGCAGGAAGGAGGUCCCACGGUGGUGAGCAGAGCCCUGGAGGUGCCCAUUUCCCACCAACACCCCCCACACCCUCCAACCACCCUCCAAACCACCCCAACAUCCACACCCCCUGCACGGCACAUGCCCCACCACCACCAACCCCCACGAGAUGCCUCCACCUCCCCACGUGGCCCCAUGGAGGCCACCAAGAGCGUGGAGAAGCCAUGGGUGAAGCCAUCAGCACAGGAUAAGGACCGUCCCUACCCUUGUGCUGAGUGCGGGAAGACCUUCGUGCGCUUGACCCACCUGAAGACUCACCAGCGAACGCACACAGGGGCAAAGCCUUACUCCUGUACUGCCUGCGGCAAACGCUUCGGCCACCUGUCCACCCUGACCACCCACCAACGUCUCCACACUGGGGAGAGGCCCUACGGCUGCAGCGCCUGCGGAAAGACCUUCACCAAUCCCUCGGACCUCCACAAGCACAGGAGGUCCCACACUGGGGAGAGGCCCUACCCUUGUCCCUCCUGUGGGAAGUGCUUCAGCCAACAGUCCAACCUGGCCAUGCACAGGAGGUCCCACACGCAGGAGAGGCCUUACCCUUGUGCCUCCUGUGGGAAGAGCUUCAAGUACGUGGCAGACCUGACAGUGCACGAGCGCUCGCACACGGGGGAGAGACCCUUCGCCUGCCCUCAGUGUGGGAAGAGCUUCAGCAACAAGUCGUCGCUGGCGCGGCACACACGGAUCCACACACGGGCAGCAGCCAGGGACACCUGA